AUCUAAUAAAAAUUUUUGAAUGUACCUUUAUAUUUUUUGUCGUAAACUGAUAAAAAGUACGGUAAGAAGAAUAUAUAGUAGUCAUAAUUGUUAAACAAACCAAUUGUGAUUCUAUAGAAGAAGAAUAUAACCUUUACUUUAAUUAAAAAGAUAACCUUUAAAUGACGCUACCACCUGUUAUCUCGAUUGUUAUCACAACAACGUAUUGUUAUACCAUAUUUUACAAUUAAUAUAGUGAUUAUCGAAUACAGAAACAAAUUUAUUGAAUAAAAGGUGACUAAUCGUUAGAUAUUAACUAUUGUGAUUCUAAGUACCAAAGAUUUGACCAAUUUCGUUCCAAGCUUACAAAAUGAAUGAACAGAAGAGAGCUUUGAUCCUAGUAGGAGGAUACGGCACGAGGCUGAGACCCUUAACGUUAAGUAGACCCAAACCACUUGUGGAAUUUGCAAAUAAACCUAUUUUACUUCACCAAGUGGAAGCUUUAGUAGAGGCCGGGGUCUCGGAAGUCAUCUUAGCAGUGUCGUACAGAGCAGAGCAAAUGGAGCAUGAGAUAAAAUUGGAAGCGGAAAAAAUGGGCGUGAACAUAAUUUUUUCUCACGAAUCGGAGCCCUUGGGCACAGCCGGUCCUCUAGCUUUGGCCAAAGAUAUACUUUCGAGGAGUUCGCAGCCAUUCUUUGUGCUUAAUUCGGAUAUCAUUUGUGAUUUUCCUUUUCGAAAUCUCUACGACUAUCACAUGAAACACGGCAAGGAAGGUACUAUCGUUGUAACCAAGGUAGAAGAACCUUCUAAGUACGGCGUUGUUGUUUACGACGAGAAUAAAUGUAUAGCUAGUUUCGUAGAGAAACCCCAAGAGUUCAUUUCGAAUAAAAUAAAUGCUGGUUUGUACAUUUUGAACCCUAGUGUGCUAAGUAGGAUAGAAUUAUGUCCGACCUCUAUAGAAAAGGAAGUUUUUCCUUACAUGGCAUCUGAUAAACAGUUGUUUGCAUUUGAGUUGAAGGGAUUUUGGAUGGAUAUCGGCCAGCCCAAGGACUUUCUUACGGGCAUGUGUUUAUACUUGCAAUAUUUGAGAAUUUCUGCUCCAAGUAAACUGUCAAAGGGUGAGGGGAUUGUGGGUAACGUUCUGGUGGAUCCGACAGCUAAAAUAGGUGCUAAUUGCCGUAUUGGGCCUAAUGUUACUAUUGGACCUGGAGUGGUAAUCGAAGAUGGCGUUUGUAUCAAACGGAGUACCAUCCUAAGAGACGCGAUAGUCCGUUCGAACUCUUGGUUGGAAAGCUGUAUCAUCGGCUGGACCUGUUCCAUUGGACGAUGGGUUAGAAUGGAAGGCAUCACCGUUCUGGGCGAGGACGUGAUCGUGAAAGACGAGACUUACAUAAACGGGGGUCAGGUGCUGCCUCACAAAAACAUAACGGUGUCCGUUCGAGAGCCCCAAAUAAUUAUGUAGUGUUUGGUUUUUAUCUUCAUCAUUGCUAGUGUAAAAUAUUUUAUAUUUUAUUGUUUUUAUUUAUAUAAUACAUAUUUAUAUAAAAAUUAAAAGAAAA